AUGCGGGUGGACGGACGCCGACAGAUGUGCGUGGAGGUGUCGGUGAGCGCGGCCGAGGUGUGGCCGACGGCGGCGGCGGCGGCGGCCGACGCGUGCCAGACGCCCGAGUACGCGCCGCGCACGCGCCACACCACGCCGCUGCACAUCUUCGACGACGUCAACAUCCUCAAGACGGUGCCGCUCGUGCUGGAGCUGGAGUUCCCGGUGCUGCGCGUGCAGCCGGCGGUGCUCGACUUCGGCGUCGUGGCCGACGGCGACACGCGCAAGGCCUACUUCAGCGUGUCGCACUCCAGCCGCAUGGUGACCCUCGACAUAGCUACACAGUGGAUAGGUGGCAAAGAGUUCAAGAUCUGGCCGCCAUUCCUUAGGAUACCUCCCGGGGGUAGCGAGAACGUAUACUUGCAGUACACCGCCGUGUAAGAUCAUUUGAUAAUAAUAAUGUUCGUUUGAUUACAUGGGAAAAGUGGCUACAAAAAUAGAUGGGGGUAUCGUGGUACGCAGGUGGCGCGCGGCGCCGUCGGAGGGGUGCGCGCGCGUG